GUAUCAAGGCCAUGGUUUCUGAGCACUUCUACGACUGCAUCGGUUGCCACUGAAUAAAUUAACUUUUCGCAUUUUAUAAAGUUCAGGUAUAGCGAUCGCUAUUACAAUGGAGACUAUCCUGACCUCCUGAGUACUCGGGUUAAACAAAAUAAACUUAACUGAAUCCACAGUCGUUCUUGUUUGUACAUGAUCUGAAUGUACUGUAGAAACACAUUUUCUUGAUCCAGCUUUUUCAGGUAGUUCUCUGGCCUUCAAAUUGUCAAUUACAGGUAGUCCCCGAGUUACGAUGGUUCCGACUUACGAUAUUUCGAUCUUACGAUGGCGAUAGCGAUACGACAAAAUUGCCAUCAACAACCUAACAUCGUUCAAGUAUGCAGACGACGGACAGAAUCUUGAUGGCCGUUGCCGACACAGCCCCAAAGAUGCUGGCCCUGUACGAGCGGGGAGAGGGGGAGCUCACGUACCGCAUCCCCGCCCUCCUGUACCUGCCCCAAGACCGCGCCGCGCUGGCCUUCGCCGAGAAACGCUCCUCGCUCAAGGACGAGCACGCCAAGCACCUGGUGGUGCGCAGGGUGAAGCUGGCGGACGAAGCCGGAGUCCUCAAGGUUGCCGACGUGGGGAAGAUACAGGAGCUGGCUGCCGCCUCGAUUCCCGGCCACCGCUCCAUGAACCCAUGCCCCGUGCUCGUGGAGAAGAAAUUGUUUCUCUUUUUCAUUGCGGUGCCAACCGGUCUGUCGGAGGGAGAGCAGCUAAAGACAGGGCGGAACGCGGCGAGGCUGGCCUACGCCUGCAGCACGGACCUCGGCGUCACCUGGGGCGCCGCCGUCGAUCUGACCGACGCGGUUCUGGGGUCGCACGUGGGCCACUGGGCCACGUUCGCACUGGGCCCCGGCCACGGCCUCCACCUGCCCGCCAGGACGGGCAACUGCAGCAAGUUCGGGCGGAUUCUCAUCCCCGCUCAUGCCUACUUCAAAGACGAGUUGCCCAAGAGUGACUGCCGUCCUCAUUCAUUCACCAUUUACAGUGAUGAUGCGGGUAGCACUUGGAAAGUCGGGGAUGCGGUGGGGGGGUGUAACACCGGGGAGUGUCAGGUUGCGAUGGUUUCCGACGAGGCUGGACGGCCCGUCGUAAUCUGCAACAGUCGCACGCUAGGGCACGAGUUCCGUGUCCAGGCCAUUAGCGACGACCUGGGGAAGUCCUUCAGAGAGGGUACGGUUGUGCCCAGGCUGGUCGAAGCCGCUCAAGAUUGGAACGGCUGCCACGGAAGCAUCGUCAGCUUCUUGCCCGAGCUGAAGGGCAACACGACUCCCAAGCACUGGCUCCUCUAUUCCCACCCGUCCAAACCCAAGAAGCGUCUGGAUCUGGGCGUCUACCUCAACAAGGCGCCCAUGGCCCUGGAAAAUUGGAGCGAUCCUUGGGUGAUUUUCAAAGGCCCCAGCGGGUACUCGGACCUGGCCGGUCUUGGCAAGACGGAGGGGGGAGGCCUGUGGUUCGGGUGCCUUUACGAGGGCGGGGAAAAAGAUUCUCGAGACAAAAUUAACUUUUGCAUCUUCUCAUUGGCUGAUGUUGAGAAGUACACAGGAGUGAAACCUAAAUAAAUAUGCAUUCCUGGCAAGGUUUAAGGCAUUGGAAUUUCGGACCACCUUCAAUCAUAUUUGAAAAUUAAGAAACAAUAUUGCAUACUUUACAUUCUAGAUUUGAAGUUUCCGUGACUGCACGGAUCCAUACUCUUUGGUUCUUUCGGUAAAGUCAUUUUCACCUACGUGACUUUACUGAAAGAACAAAAGAGUAUGUAUAAUACUUUACAAUUUCCCCACCCCGUGUUAAAGAACGUCCCCUGGAAGUGGACUUCACGUAACUACUUCUGAGGUCGCCUCUUAUCCACACAAAGCUGUGUCAGUCACAACAAAAUUCAUUUUAAAUCCUUACUAAUCCUUAUAGUUGGAGUAUGCCAAUGUAAGCAAAACAUUCUUGCCAUUAUUGUUUUGUGUAAUCAUGAGACCAUCAACUCUUGAGAACCUGGUUUAAACCACCGAUGGCUGAAGCUUAGAUUCAAACCCAGGGCCUCGGUGGUCACAGUGCAGUGCUUGUUGCUUAGUUUUAGCCCCCCCCCCCCCUGCUAUGCAUGUAAACUAUACCGUAUCUGCAUAUGACAUUGUGUGGAUGCAAUACGUUAUUCCAUCUGAAAGUGUUGCAUUCUAUAGCACGUCCUGCUUCAUAUUUGUUCAUUAAACUUCUUUUAAACCUU